AGCGGGGUAGAGGAAUUGGUCAACUCAUCAGGCUCAUGACCUGAAGAUUGCAGGUUCGAAUCCUGUCCCCGCCU